AUGCAGCCCUAUACCCAAAACUGGACCCAGGUGACAGAGUUCGUCAUGGUGGGCUUUGCUGGGGUGCAUGAAGCAUGCCUCCUCUUCUUCACACUCUUCGUCACCAUGUACGUGUUCACAGUGGUGGAGAACGUGGCCAUCAUCUUAGUGGUGGGCUUGGACCAGCGGCUACGGAGACCCAUGUACUUCUUCCUGACUCACUUGUCCUGCCUUGAAAUCUUGUACACCUCAGUCACGAUGCCCAAGAUGCUGGCUGGUCUUAUUGGGGUGGAUGGGGGCAAGAAUAUCUCCUUCACUGGAUGCCUGUCCCAGCUCUUCAUCUUCACCUUCCUUGGGGCAACUGAGUGUUUCCUACUGGCUGCCAUGGCCUAUGACCGCUAUGUGGCCAUUUGUAUGCCUCUUCGCUAUGGGGCUUUGGUGUCCUGGGGCACCUGCAUCCGUCUGGCAGCUGCUUGUUGGCUGGUAGGCUUCCUCACACCCACGUUACCCAUCUACCUCAUGUCUCAGCUGACAUUUUGCGGCCCUAACGUCAUCGACCACUUCUUCUGUGAUGCCUCGCCCCUGCUAGCCUUGUCCUGCUCGGAUGUUGCCCUGAAGGAGACAGUGGAUUUCCUGGUAUCUCUGGCUGUGCUCCUGGUUUCCUCUGUGGUCAUCGCUGUGUCCUACAGCAACAUCCUCUGGACACUGCUGCACAUCCACUCGGCUGCCGAGCGCCGGAAGGCCUUCUCCACUUGCGCAGCUCACCUGACUGUGGUGAGCCUCUUCUAUGGCACUCUUUUCUUUAUGUAUGUUCGGACCAAGGUGGCCUCCUCCAUCAACUUCAACAAGGUGGUAUCCGUCUUCUACUCCAUUGUCACGCCAAUGCUCAACCCCCUCAUCUACAGUCUUCGGAACAAGGAGGUGAAGGGAGCUCUGGGCCGAGCCUUUUCCUUCAAAUCUUUGAAGGAACAGUGA